CUCCAGGUGCUGAGUCCGAGGGAGGCUUGGGACGCGAGAGCCGCGGUCUCGCCGCCGCCGCCGCCGCCGCAAGAGCCACCGCCGGGAAGCCGGGGCCGUGAGGAGCCCGGAGGAGCUGGGUGCGCUGCCAGACUCUGACCGCCCUCCCGCCUCUCUGAGGUCCUUGACUCCACAGUGACGCCCCCUCUUCAGACAGAAGGACAAGAAGGUCCCAGCGGCCCAUCCUCAGGUUCUGCAGCAGGCCUGGGUGGCCCAGCAUGGCCCACUGAGGUGAACCAUGACUGGCUGGCUAACACUCACCACUGACCAUCCAGAGUCACACCUCACCAGAAGGUGACCCCUCCUCCAGCUGUCCCCUCACUCGCCCACCCCACCCAGGAAAGUGCCCGCGCUGCCACGGACACCAUGUAGUAGGGCCGGCCACGGCACCCAGUGAGCUGCAAUGGUUUUGUACACAACCCCCUUUCCUAAUAGCUGUCUGUCCGCCCUGCACGCCGUGUCCUGGGCCCUCAUCUUCCCAUGCUACUGGCUGGUGGACCGGCUUCUGGCCCCUUUCAUACCCACCACCUACGAGACGCGCCAGCGGGCGGACGACUGGUGCUGCCUCCAGCUGCUCUGCUCCUAUCUCUUCACACCUGUCUACCUGGCCCUCCUGGUCGCCUCACUGCCCUUUGCAUUUCUUGGGUUCCUCUUCUGGUCCCCUCUGCAAUCUGCCCGCCGGCCCUACGUCUAUUCCCGGCUGGAGGACAAGGGUCCAGCUGGUGGGGCAGCCCUGCUCAGUGAAUGGAAGGGGACAGGUCCUGGCAAAAGCUUCUGCUUCACCACAGCCAACCUCUGCCUUCUUCCCGAAUCGCUGGCAAGGCUCAACAAUGUUUUUAACACCCAAGCACGGGCCAAAGAGAUUGGGCAGAGAAUCCGCAACGGGGCCAGUCGGCCCCAGAUCAAAAUCUACAUUGAUUCCCCCACCAACACCUCCAUCAGCGCGGCCAGCUUCAGCAGCCUGGUGUCACCACAGGGCAGUGAUGGCGUGGCCCGGGCCGUCCCUGGAAGCAUUAAGAGGACGGCCUCUGUGGAAUACAAGGGUGACAGCGGGCGUCACCCCAGUGAUGAGGCUGCCAACGGCCCGGCCUCUGGGGAGCUGGCCGACAGCGGCAGCCUUGAGGAUGCCUGCAUCGUGCGCAUCGGCGGUGGUGACGAGGGGGGCCGGCCUCCCGAAGCCGAUGACCCUGCUACUGGGGGCCAGGCCAGGAAUGGGGCCGGCGGGGGCUCACGGGGCCAGACACCCAACCACAGUCAGCGGGAUGGGGACUCGGGGAGCCUGGGCAGCCACUCAGCUUCCAGGGAGUCCCUGGUGAAGGCGCGAGCCGGGGCGGACAGCGGCAGCGGGGAGCCAGGUGCCACCAACAGCAAGCUCCCGUACAAGGCCUCGGUGGUGAAGAAGGCGGCCGCGCGCAAGAGACGGCACCCAGACGAGGCCUUUGACCACGAGGUCUCGGCCUUCUUCCCCGCCAACCUGGACUUCCUGUGCCUGCAGGAGGUGUUUGACAAGCGGGCGGCCGCCAAGUUGAAAGACCAGCUGCACGGCUACUUCGAGUACAUCCUGUACGACGUCGGGGUCUACGGCUGCCAAGGCUGCUGCAGCUUCAAGUUUCUCAACAGCGGCCUCUUCUUUGCCAGCCGCUACCCCAUCAUGGAUGUGGCCUAUCACUGUUACCCCAAUGGGCGGUGCUCCGACAGCCUGGCCUCCAAGGGAGCUCUGUUUCUCAAGCAGGGGCAACUACAGCCUGCUCACAGGGUGGGCAGUGGAGCUGGACUGGUGAGGCUGGGAGGUUCUCCUGGUGCUGGCAGUGCAGGUGAUGAUGGCAUGGCAAUGGUGCAGGUGGGAAGCACACCUCAGGACCAAAGAAUUGUCGGGUACAUCUCCUGCACACACUUGCACGCCCUGCCAGAGGACAGUGCCAUCCGGUGUGAACAGCUGGACCUGCUUCAGGACUGGCUGGCUGAUUUCCGAAAAUCUACCUCCUCGUCCAGCGCAGCCAACCCCGAGGAGCUGGUGGCGUUUGACGUCAUCUGUGGAGAUUUUAACUUUGACAACUGCUCCUCCGACGACAAGCUGGAGCAGCAGCACUCCCUGUUUACACGCUACAAGGACCCCUGCCGCCUGGGGCCCGGGGAGGAGAAGCCGUGGGCCAUCGGUACCUUGCUGGACACGGAUGGCCUCUACGAUGAGGACGCGUGCACCCCUGAAAAUCUGCAGAAGGUCUUGGAGAGUGAGGAAGGCCGCCGGGAGUACCUCGCCUUCCCCACCAGCAAGAGCGCUGGGGCAGGCCAGAAGGGACGCAAGGACCUGCUGAAGGGCAACGGCAGGCGCAUCGACUACAUGCUGUACACGGAGGAGGGACUGUGCCUGGACUGGAAAGCCGAGGUGGAAGAAUUCAGUUUUAUCACCCAGCUGUCAGGCCUGACAGACCACCUCCCUGUAGCCAUGCGGCUGAUGGUGUCUGCGGCGGAGGAGGAGGCAUAGACCAGCCAAGUCACCGGGAGCAGUUGGGCCUCUGCCAGCCCUCUGAGCCGAAGCCCCUUCCUGGCCACGUCUCCUCCAGCGGCGAGCACCCCCCGACCCCCGGUGCCAGGGGAGGAGGGCAGGGGCCCAGGGGGAGCCGCGGUUAGUCCCGGGUGAGCUGGAACCAGCGCUGCCCUGCACCUCUGGGCACUCACCGUUGGACACAGGAGUCAGGUCAGCCCCGGGAGCCCCGGCUACCCAACCAGUGCCAUUCUUUCCAAACGUGAUUUUCUACAAAUCUACAGCACAAACUAGUUUGUAACCCGUGGGUUAGUAUGAGAACCGGGUUUCUGUACUCUUUGUAUCUCUUCUCAAGCUUCGUCCAGGGUUCAUUAUUUUUGUCUGCUGCCAUGUUGUCUCGCAUGCCUGCACCCUCGCAUGCACGCUGCCUGCAUGCCACGUGCCACACCGUAGCCACACAGACCCCUCGCUUGGGCCUCACCCAAGGCCAAACUCCAAACACAAUCAGAACCAGCCAAAGAAGCAUUCCUGGGCACAGGACCACCUGCUCACCGCCGCCAGCCGGGACGGCUCCCAAGCAGGGACCGUGAGGCUGUGUCCAGUUACCAGCGAGCCCGGGCUCUUCCCAGGGUCUUGCAUUCAAGGGCGAUCACAUUUUAAAAAGAAAAACAGAAAAAGUUAAGAACAAAGACAACCUUUCACUUUAGAGGGUCUGCAAGCCGCACGGGAGAAGGCUGCUCUUCCCGAGAUAGGCUCCCUUCCCCCCGGCGCACCAGGGCCCCAGAGACUCCGAAGUGGGCAGUGGAGCCAUAGACAGGAAUCCGGAGAGCAUCACUUUUUUACAGGAAAAAGGGGAACUCACGGCUUUGGGGGGUGGGGGGUGGGGGGCUUCUGGUUUUGAAAAUGCUAAGAUUUGUAACUUCUCUUCUGUCAAAACCAACACAUCUUUCUGCCUGAUCCCGUCUCCCCCCUUGGACACCUCUGGUUUGGGACCAAUCCUUCUGUGGGGCCCGUCCCCAUCCACAUGCUGGCUGAGCUCAGGAACUGUCCACCUGCCUCUGGGUGGGGCUGCGACUCUAAUCUCCCAUGCCCAUUCUCAACAGCAACCGAGGGGCCCUGGACAAAGGCGGGGGAGCCAAGGUGCCGACAGCAGCCUGUCGCCUCAUCAGUGUGCAGGCUGGGGGUGGCAAGGCCAAUGGCCACCACUUGCCUGAGGCAAGGAGUGGUACUAGUUGGCGUCCAGAUGCAUAGACACCUAUUCUGCUACUGUGUGACCAGGGCCAGUCCUGGACACCCAAGCAUAGCGUGGCAGAGCCUGCAGGUGAGGCCCACAGCUCCCCACCCCACGGCAGCACUGCCUCUGUCCACCUGCCUUUUUAAACACACCUGGACCCGCUCCCCUGGUCAUGCAGGGAGGGUUCUGUCUGUUUCCAGGUGUGAGGCUCCUCUGCCUCGGGGGAAUGUUCUUGACAACCCCCACCGGUCUCCCCUCCUCGUAGUGCCCUGACCACGUGCCCACCUGGCUUGAAGCCAGCUCCACCCAGCAACGCUGGGGGUGCACCAGGACCCUGCUGCUGGGAGCCUCCUGGUGCCGGUGUGCUGAUGCUGUGCCUUGUCACCCACUGAGCUGGAAGAGGGACGAAGAGGGAGCCAAGCUGCCAGCGAGAGGCCAGGCCCUUUACUGGGGGAGGACAUUCCUGAGAUUUGCACCUGUGGUGGCACUGGUUUAUCUAAACCCAGCAGGCCAGGGCAGCAGCUGGGCUGAGGGCUUUGCUGUUAGGAGCACUUCACUGGCCAGGCCCCCAGCCCCACCUUGUGUCCAGAAGCCAGGACAGGCUGCUCACCACCGGCUGAGGGUGCUGUCCCUCCUGGGCUCUCUGCUGUGCCCCUCCUCAUAGGGCCUGGCUCUCAGGGCCUUGGGUAGGCUUCCUGCGGUCAGAGGGCCCCCAUUCCCAGGAGCAGCCAGAAUCUCUGCUCCCACGGGUGGGGCCCAACUAGAUAGCCAGGCCUGAGCUGAGGCCCCCCAGGCUGGAAGUCGGCUGUGUGCCUGGGAGAGCAGCAGAGGCCGAGGCCAGGGCUCCUGAAGCAGAGAAACUCCAGCACAGCUUCCAUCCCUCCGAGAGGCCGCCUACCCCCAGGGCAGCUUGGUGGGAGCCAAGGCGCAGGGGGCACAUGCUUCUCUCCCUCACUCACAGGGCGCCUUAGGCAAGUCAUACCUCCCUGUGCCUCAGCCAUUUCCUGUCCUAACAAGGUCGCCUCUGCCCAGCCUGGCCCUGGCGUCCAGAGCAGGGCUGGCCCACCCCCCGGCCCCCCUCGCACCUCCCUCUGGCGCGGCCUCUGCUGAGGCUGCCAUUGCCCAACCACAUGUUUCAUGAAGCCUGUGGACUCCCAGGGCCAUGCACAAGCCAGACUUUUCCAUUUUGAUUUUUAAAAAAGAAAGAAAAGAAACAUUGCCAAGAUCUCAGAUUCUGUGGCAUCUAGGCCUGGGAGGGGCAGACACAGGUCACCCAAAUCCCCAAACAAGGCCCGCGCCUGCCCCGGGCCCGGCCUCCUCCGGGGAAGCCAGGAGGUGGGGUCAGCUCUGGAAGGAGACAGUCAUUUGCAUUUGUCCAAACCACCUUGAGUUUUAAGUAUGAAUAUUAAUCUUGAUGCUUUUUAACUAUUGUAUUAACUUGCUAAGAUUUAGAAAUACUGUUUUAAAAAGAAAAAAAACACUUUUUUAAUUUCUGUAUUCUUUUCUGUAUUGUAUCCUCAUGGGACAUUAGGGGUUUUAUAUGGUAAGCACACCUAAGGUUUUGGUAAAAACAUUAUCAAAUAUAUAUCCAGACGAUUCUUCCCUAGAAGAAAAACAGUCUUUACACCGAUAAAAUAUUUUCAAAAGAGAAGUGUUUUUUUCCUUUAUUGGUGCUGAAAGGAAGGAUGGCUAAUGAGGAGAAAAUAAAACUGUGAGGCUCAA